AUGAAGUGCUUCUCCGCAAUUCUGACCACCGCGUCCCUCCUCUCCUCCGCCCUCGCCGCUCCCGCCCUCAGCCGCCGCGACGAGCCACAGCUACAGCAAGUACAAGUCGUCUACCAAGAAUGCGACACCGCAACCUCCGUCGAAGUCUUCUCCAGCGGCACCGUCGUCGCUGAGGCGUGCUCCAACACCCUCGACACGGGCUCCUUCGCCGCGCUCCCGAUCAAGUUCGCCGUCGACCGCACCGGUGCCGGCACCGUCACGGUCGGGUCCACGACGUACAAGAUCCACGAGAAGAAGGAUAUAUCCGGGGGUAUUGUCUGCGGGCGGCUGUACGACGGCGGCGAGUCCGUGGUCUCGUGCGACAUUGAGGUGCCGGCGGGUAUGGCGUUCCAGAGCUUGAGCAGGCGCCAUGAGUGUAUCCCUGAUGGUGAAACCACGAUGGCGAGGGCGUUGCGUAUUCGCAACCCGGAGCAGGAGUUGCAGGCGCGGUAUAUUGCGCCGAUUCCGUUCCUCACCUCAGGUGAGACGGACACCAACACCGACAAGCGGGAAAUCGGAAAGAGGCAAGGGUGCUACCCUCAGAAGUGGACUGAGCUGGUUGGGGACGGCAACCCUCACCAGAACUACUACCAUUCCCAGAUCACUGAAAACAACGAGUGCGGCCUAGCAACCUGCUCCACCGGCACCGAGACCUCCAAGUCCGUCUCCGUCGGCUGGAGCAUCGAGACGGGCGGCAGCAUCAGCGAGUGGAUCACCGGCGGCUUCUCCGUCUCCGUCUCGUGGUCCGCCGCCGUCUCCCAGGGCUGCGAGACCGAGCCCGGCAACACCGUCUGCCAGUGGUACCGGACCGCGCACACCGCCUACACCGUCCGCGCCGGCACGACCAACACGUGCAGCUUCAUCCGGUCGCUGAGCGACCCCAUGGUCCUCCGCUCUCCGAACACGAACAACGCAGGCGGCGGCUACUACUGCGUUGUCGGGGCCCAGUUCUGCCGCAGCUUGGGCUCUGCUUACUGGGACUUUAACGGUCGUGCUGGUGGUCCUUGA